CAUGCGUGGAGAGCAAAACGUUAGCAGCAGCAUUUCCUGCUUGCUCUUUCCACUAGAAGCAAUGGCAGAAGUGAAAGCUUCCGUGAUAUGUGGAGUCCUGGCUGCUUUCUUGAGCUCAGCGGUGCUUGCUUUUGUUGAAGAUCUUGAUGAAACGUUUAAAGAUACCAGGGAAAAUGACGUCUGGCUGGUUGAUUUCUACGCUCCGUGGUGCGGUUAUUGUAAAAAGCUGGAGCCGGUGUGGUACGAAGUGGGAGCAGAGCUGAAGAGCUCGGGGUCGCCGGUGCGUGUUGGGAAGAUGGAUGCAACUGCUUACUCAGGAAUGGCAUCAGAAUUUGGUGUUCGAGGUUACCCCACGAUAAAGCUGUUAAAGGGCGACCUUGCCUACAGCUACAAGGGACCCAGAACAAAAGACGAUAUUGUGGAGUUUGCCAACAGGGUGGCGGGACCAGCCGUUCGGGCUCUUCCCAGCAAGCACAUGUUUGAACACAUGUUGAAGCGACACGAUGUUCUUUUUGUGUACGUCGGCGCGGAGUCUCCUCUUAAAGAGAAGUACAAUGAUGCAGCGUCUGAACUUAUUGUCUAUACUUACUUCUUCUCGGCUUCAGAGGAAGCUUUGCCUGAGUCACUGUCUUUACCAGAGCUGCCUGCCGUUGUGGUCUUCAAGGAUGGAUCCCAUUUUACUUAUGAUGAGUACGAGGACGGCAGCCUGUCGUCGUGGGUGAACAAGGAGCGCUUCCAAGGAUACCUUCAGAUUGAUGGUUUUACGUUGUAUGAGCUUGGAGAAACAGGCAAACUGGUGGCAAUCGCGGUCAUCGACGAGAAGGACCCCAAGGAGGAGAGCGGCAGAUUAAAGACCUUGACGCAGCGGGUGGCGAUGGAAUACAGAGAACAGUUUAACAGAGACUUCCAGUUUGGCCACAUGGAUGGAAACGACUACAUUAACAGCCUCAUCAUGGGGGAAGUGACAGUGCCCUCUGUUAUCAUCCUCAACACAUCCAACGAGCAGUACUUCCUACCCAGCGAGCCGAUUGAGAGCAUGGAGCAACUGGUCCAAUUCAUCAGCAGCGUUCUGAAUGGUUCCGCACAGGCAUAUGGGGGUGAUGGCUUUAUUCAGCGGGUCAAACGUGUGGCCUUUGAUGCCAGGUCCACUAUCAUGUCUGUGUUUCGCAGCUCUCCUCUGCUGGGCUGCUUCCUGUUUGGCCUCCCGCUUGGCGUAAUCAGCCUGAUGUGCUACGGCAUCUGCACAGCCGAGUCGGAUGAUGGCUCGGAUGAAAAAAGGGAGGGGCUCACUGACGAGGAGGAAGAAGAGGAAGAGGAGGAGGAGGAGGAGCAGCGUCAAGCUGCUGAGCUGGAAGGCCCCGAAAAUGAGGAGGAUGUUGGAGAAAAGAAUCCCGAAGAGAAGAAAACAGAUUAAUGCAGGGGCACACGCCGGAUGGAAGAUGAUUGGCUUAGUCAGCUGCAGUGACAUGAAACUCGAAGACAUAUGUGUGUGACGCUACUUUGCUCCUUUGUUUUUCAUCUCACUUCCACUCAAAGCCCCUCCAGCACCAACUCGUUUUCUACCUUUGAGUUCUGUGUAUUGGUGUGUUGGAUUGGCGGCCUGUCGAAGUCUCCGAGUUAAAAAUAACAGUGUAUUCAGUCACAGAGCGUCAACAAAAUUUACGAGAAGAAGGGAUGGCUGUGAACAUACCACCUUAUUUAUUGAUAUCCAACCAUGUGAUGAGUUUCACUCAGCCUCAUAUUGUUACAUCAUUCAAAACCACUAAAAGACAUUUCCUUUAAUAUCCUGAAGUGUUUCAUUUUUUACCUGCUUUCAUCCUUACGAUAUUUAAAAUGAAACAUUUUGCCUUUGAAAUCUAUUAGAAAACAUUUACACUGAGGUGUUUGUUUGCCUCUGUCCAUCUGCCUACAGUGCUUUGCUGGGGUAUUUGUACCCCUUGAAAUCUUUCAUAUUUGUCAUAAAAAACAACCAAAAAAAUCGUUGUAUGAGGAUUUUUGUGAUAGAUCAGUACAAGUUUUGACUUCAUUUUACAGUGGAACGAAAAUGAUACAUGGUUUGUUGCAAGUCUUUCAGGGUCUCUACCAGCUUUGCACAUCUAAAGAGCACAUUUUUGUUCAUUGAUUGUUUUUGCAAAACAGCUCAGGCUUAAUCAGAAUGCAUUUAGAGCAUCCGUAAAGAUCCAUUUUUGAACCUUUCCAAAAAUUCUCUGGCAUGGCUAAUAGUUGUCCUGACAACAGAUUCUCCCACCUAAGCUGUGGAUCUCUGCAGCUCCCCCAGAGUAACCAUGGAAUUCUUGUCUGGUUCUCUAAUGAAUACUCUCUAGGUGGGUGGCCGUGUCUUUGCUGCAGCUUUACUCUUUCCAUAAAUCUUCAUUAUGUGUUGAAAGCUUAGGAUGUUGUUUUAGGGCACAAGUCGUCUAGACUUUAUUUACUUAUAGGAUGACCUCUGAAAGCAGUUGGCAUUAUUUUAGUUCAGAGUAAAUGUUCGUCUUUCACAGAAAAUCCCCCAGAAUACACAGAAUUCUGUUGUAAGGCAUCAGAAUGUGAAAAAGUUCAAGGUGUAUUAAUACUUUUGGAAGGGCAUGUAAAUGGGAGUUCUUGUUAAUGUUUGUAGAGAGAAAAAGAAGUGCCCAAGAAGGAGGAUCUGCCAUAAAUGUACUGUAUGACAUUGCCUGAAAACAUUUUUCCUUGUUCUUGAAUGGGUGCAAAGUGCCGAGACAGUCUUGCAUUUUAGCCUAUUUUUCUGUCAGCUACCUAUCCAUUUAGGCUGCAACAUGACGAGAAGCGCUUGAAUGGUAAUUUGUAUCACUCUCCAUGAUGCCAGAAAUGUGUAUUUCCUUUUAAAAAAAAAAAGAAAAAAAUCUAUUUCCAACCCAAAAGUGACCAACCUACUGAAAACAUCUUGUAUAGAUGGGUUCUACCUGUCAAGCAAAAGCCAUAACAUGCAUCAAUGGCUCCUGUGGCUCUCCUAACAAGUCUUAUUCCUCAAAUAGAGAGGAGCUGUAUGUUGGCACGUUUCAUUCUGUCCUCCAUCACUGGUUCCUUUAUGAAAUUUCCUGGCAGGAGAAAGUUUACAUCCCAGUGAUGUGACAUGCACACUGAGCAUAAUAAAUAUGAGGACCUUUUUUGUUGCAUCCUAUUGUCAAAUGGCCUCAAGGCUAACUUUAUCUUUUUUCAUUCCUCUGACAAAUAUUUGUGAAUUGGAUUAAGUCCUUAACGGGUUAUGGCUUCAUCUUUUAAACAUCACUUACUAUAAAUGAUAUGCUGUUUAUUUUAUGACCAUUGCACAAAAUGGUAUAGAUUGGUUGGACUUUGAGAUUAAAUUUAUUGCUUUGAAAACAUGCUGGUGCUCAUAAAAUAAUUUCCCUUUUUAUUGUUUUUAUUUUUAUUUUUUAGAAAUACCAGACAAUUUUUCCAGCACUGAUUUGUCUGCCUAAUUCAGAAUAUUAUGGAAAAUGCAUCUCAUGUCCCUUUUGAAAUUUGAAUAUAGAACUUUAAAUGUGUGAAAACCGGGAGGGCAGUUACAGUAUGCUGGCGCUGCUAAUAGAUGAAAUAUGCUCACCAGCAGCUAAUUAAGUAACAUAAACCAGAAGAAUUUCAGGUGCUGUUUAAACUCACACUAUUGAUUUAGACUUCACUGCAGAAGUAGGCCUAAAUUUAUUUUUAACAAAUGGAGGUCAUCCCAAUUAUCUACUGUGAAACUGAGCUUCCCAUGCCUUGCCAUUUGGUCUUUGUAGUUGCCUACUGUUCUUUAGCAAACUUCCUCUUUUAGUUUGAACUAAGAUGUGGAACUUUAUUACAAGUUUAAAAUAUUUAAAUAAAGAUUUCCCCCUUU